AUGGCUGCCGGGAAGUUAUUGCUGUACGCCGGGCUCUCGCUCUCCCUGUGCGCCCUGGGGAUGCUAGCCGUGGCGAUCUGCUCCGACCACUGGUACGAAACGGACGCCCGGCGCUACCGAGAGCGGUGCCGGAGCUUCUCCAACCGCCGCAAGGACCCGGGCUUCAUCUACAUCCCCAACAUCAGCCUGCCGCUGCGCGCGGCCAGCCCGGUGGAUCGGGUGGAUCGGGUGGAUCGGGUGGAUCGCGUGGAGCGCCGCGAGGGGAAGCUGCGCUCGCUUGCGCGCCACCGAAGGCAGCUGUUCGCCAUGAGCGCCGCGGACGAGUGCAGCCGGCAGUACAACUCCACCAACAUGGGGCUGUGGAGCCGCUGCCACCGGCUGGGCUUCGACCAGGAGAUCGAGGAUCUCAUUCGGAAAGACCUGCGGAGGAUGACGGCGGGCUUCAUGGGCAUGGCGGUGGCCAUCAUUCUGUUCGGCUGGGGCAUCGGCGUGCUGGGCUGCUGCUGGGACCGCGGCCUCAUGCAGUACGUGGCCGGGCUGCUCUUCCUGAUGGGAGGGACCUUCUGCAUCAUCUCGCUGUGCACCUGCGUGGCGGGCAUCAACUUCGAGCUGUCCCGCUACCCGCGCUACCUGUACGGGCUGCCCGACGACAUCGGCCACGGCUACGGCUGGUCCAUGUUCUGUGCCUGGGGUGGCCUGGGCCUGACGCUCAUCGCCGGCUUCUUCUGCACCCUGGCGCCGUCCGUGCAGCCCAUCCCGCGCUCCACCUGCCCCAAGACCCGACAGGAGAACGGCACCGUCUGCUAGAAGGGCCGGGGGAAGGGGAGAGCUAAGCUAACCAAGCUAACUACGCUAACUACGCCAACUCGCCAAAACGACUAAAUGGAAAAACCGCCCCCCCCACCCAGAAAUACAAACUCCUCCUCCCUGCCUCCCGACCCCACCGCCUCCUCCUCUUCCUCUUCGUCCUUCCUGACACCCACACAAUACCAUCCCCAAAACAAACACACACAAACACAUACAGUUACCUUACCGGGUUCGGGAAAGAUAUGCCGCGACCGACUUUGAACUUUUCAGUAAAAAAAAAAAACAGGGAAAAAAGGACAUCGGAAACUUACCAACCAACAGACAGGACUGUUCCGUGCGUUUAUUCGUCGAUUCAUCGGAAGUCCCUCCCGGUUGGCGAAAUGUGUAUUUUCUUUCCGAGGGUACAUUUAUUUUUUAUUCUGUGGAUGUGUGUGCGUGUAAAACCCACGGGUGAAUUCAUGAUCUGUAUCUAAAGAGUACAACCGAAACAUUAAUGUCGGAGAAAAUUAUUGAAACAAGGAUUUGUUUUUCGUUUUUGUGGAGUUGAUACCGAAACCGAAGAGGAUUCGCGAAGGGGGUAAAAAUUAUUCAAAAUAAACACGAAAAACAAAAACAUAACGACGAGGUAAUGACGGAGUGGUGACAUCUUUGAACGGGAAAGCGUCAAAGCGGAAAGGAGCUUAGACUUAAAAAACACACUUUUGACACGGGACAAUUGAUGGAGCGGUAUCGACAGUGUUGAGGCUGAACGGUCACAGUGCUGGGAGCGACGGGAAGAAAACCUGGACUUCUUUCACUAGAGAUCCAAUCAAUGGAUCCACUGGACUCUCCCAGAGAGCCUAGAGAUCCACUGGACGCCCCGUGAGACUGUUUGACGGCAUUCUCACACGGGAUCCGGAACAAUCCUUACGCUGAGUGCGGAGAGAGCUGGACUUUGCCAAAAUGGACAACCGAUAUUUCCUUUGUUUUUGGUGGGCUGUGCUGUAUUCGUCUGAGGAGCCCCUUCCCCCCCCAGCUAAACAAAAAAGCAACUACUGACUAGUGGGCGUAGAGGGGGGGGGUCAACACAUUACUGUACAGAAUAUUCCAGAGGGGCGACAAAACAAAAAAAAUGACAGGAUCGAACCCACGCUUCUAAGACAUUCUCAUUCUCCUGCCGUGCAUUUCACUCCAUUCCAUGGGACUCUGUGUCCCACGUCGUGUUUUAUACAUUACCACAUUCCUCUCUCCUCGUUUUUCAUCUUCUUACUAAAAAGUGACGUUGAUUCCGCCCCCGCCCCCAUUUACCCACAAUGCAUUUUGUUAACGAACUUUCGUCUGACCCGUAACGGUUGGUUUUUCGGGGGAGUGCGCCAUGUUUGUUUGAGUUUUGCGUUGUGUUAAUCUUACAGCUACACGAGUGUGUGUGUGUGUGUGUGUGUCUGUGUGUUUUACACAGUCUCUAUCGAAUAAGAAAAACGAGAUACAAAGUAUGUUGAAACAUUUAUAAUAACAAAGUCAACUCCUGCUUUGGGGACAGAGAUGAACACAGUCAAAGGCCGACAGAGAGAGGGAGAUAGAGGGAGAGAGACAGGAGAACUAGAGAGACAGGGAGGGAGAGAGAUUCAGUAUCCUGUCCAAUAGAGGCAAGCCAGUCGACCGAUUUGACUUGAACCUUCUCCGGCUGAUCCAAGAUCGUCUGCAUGUGCGUGCCUGUGUGUCUGUGGCAUCAGACGGUGAAAACACACGCACACGUUCCCUCCCUCCCCCCCCCACUCACUUCUUCCAGGGAGAGCGUUGUAUCGUUUGGUGUCGCUCCCCGGAGAAGGAGUACCCCCUCAGGCUGCGAUUAGUAUUUCAGAGGCGCGUCGAGAUGUGAGGAUUUUGGCGCCGUGCGAACGCCGGAGAACGCAGCCACCGCCUCGUAAACGGAGGCAGCUUUGACGCGCGGCGGCGGAGCCUCGUCCUUGGGUAAACUCAUCCGGAAUGCAGGAAUAUUAAAACGUCAGGCAGAGAUAACUUGAGGCGGUCUGUAUAAUAAGGAACAAAAAAUUCCAAACGUCAGGGGACGGCUUGUUGUUGUUGCAAUCGUCGUUCCCGAUUGGUUCGGAUUCGUGCCGGCGGGUGUGACUGCGUGGGUGCGUGAGUGCGUCGGGGAUUGAUGACAUCACUGUUGUUUGAUUUCAGUGUCUGGUUUCUACUCGAAAUUGAUGAUGAAUUUUCAUUGUGGAAUGCUGUCACGUAUUGGAAUAGACAUUUGGAAGGUGUGCGUGUGCGUGCGUGUGUGUGUGCGUGUGUGUGUGUGCGUGUCUGUGUGGACGGUAAAAUCAACCCCUCUAGAGCAGACCCGGGUUCUUUGCACUCGCAAAAAACCCAACUGAAAACUGAACCAACCUGGAAACCUGAACGCAUCAAAGAGCUAAUAUGCAAAACCGUUCCUCAACAUCGAUGAGAUUAGCAACCCCCCCUCCCUUCCUCCGAAUUUCCACACUACUUUGAUUUAUUCUGUUAAGAUUAAGUCUAGGUUUCGGACCGAGAUAACCUAAGAAACCGAUUAAAUAUUCUGAAAGCAGUCACACAGAGAGAGGGUUUCCUCUUCCUCUCUCCUACUGAGGGCGGGGGUCCCACUGAAAGCCCCCCCAAAAGUAAUUGACAACCUUGGAAGAUGGCCACCGUUAAUAACUACCGUUCUUCAAGGAGAAGGGCAGGCUGGUGGUCACGGUCCUGUUGAAGUUAGGGCGCGGUUUUAUUUUUUUGUCUCCCUCUCUUAAUAAAUGUUCCCUUCGACACAAGAUGAUAAUGCAAUUGACCAUGAAAUUACUAAAAACUCGAACGGACACACUCCAAGAGCUGGCUGCGAAAGGUUUAAAAAUAACCCCCUGCUGCGGUCCUCUUCCUCGCGGAGAACGUUUCUUUGGGGAAGCGCUUCUCGACGUUCUGUUAAAUUGAAAAUCUUUGGCGAACGCGGUAGAGUGGGGGCGAACCAACCGGGCCCAACAUCUGAAGCACAGUUAUCCUGACACGACUUUAAAGCCAUGGUUCUGUCAGUGCUCGUUUGUACACAAGAUUAUGCUGAGAGCACACAAACACACACACACACACACACAAACACUCCGUCGUUGGGGUAGCAUCUGAAUAUAUUCAGCUCUCCCUGAAUGGAGAAUCCAGGUGGGUAAGCUUUGCUCAACACUAAAGCAACCACAACAUCACGCACAAUCAAACACCCACAACCAAUAAGCACACACUACAUGUACAAGCAGCGGUGCCUGGGUGUGCGGGCGUGAGUGAG